CGCGAAUACCUGGACAAAGAGUUUCGGGAUUCCUUCGACUCGGAAUACGAGGAACCGCUAAUUUAUAGUUCAAUGGACUUUGAGAACGCUGAAACGAAGAAACGCGACGAUGAGGCUAAAGAGAACCCCGAAGAUGAAAGUGGUAGAAAUACGUUAAUUGGAGAUGUGGUAGAAAAGAAGUUAACGAAUGAGAACAUGGAAACCAGCACCAAGAUUGAAAGAGACACCACGACAGCAUCGACCAAUUUGCAGUUAUCAAAAAGUAGUACGUUUGAUCAAAAACAUCAGACUGACCCAGUGCUGCGGGAGGAAGAGCCGAUAACAGGAAAGGAUCAACUGGAGGACGAGAUAAUUCUGCUCAAUAAACGACAAUCGUGGAAGAAACAGAACGAGGAACAAUUGGAGGAGGUCGCAUUCGGGGAGGACAUGAGGAAGGGAUUGGUGGAGAAGGAGCUUUUCGAAAAAUUGACUGAAAUCGAUAAGAAGAAAAAUUCAGCAGAGAAUGCAAGAACCAAAAGGAAAGAUGAUGAAAAUAAUCGAAAUGGUAAUUACAAUUUAUCAGACGAGGACAAACUGAGGAUGCUCGAAGAGAAGAUAAACGUUUAUUCAGAUAACAGAUGAUUAAGAAUAAAACGAAAAGACAACAUAAAGCAAGAUUUAAAUGAAAAAAAAUAAUAAUAAUAAUAAAACCGUGAAAAAUGAAUCAAUUU